AUGGGCUGUUUCUUCUCAGUAUUUUUGAGGGAUCUGAUGAACACCUUUUGCUGUGGAACCCCUCCACAAGAGAAUCAACAGUACUUUCCCAUCAUGAGAUUUCGUGCAGAGAUUGUACUUUAUGGAUUCGGAUAUGACGCAACUAGUGAUGACUAUAAGAUCCUUAAGAUUGAUGGGAAUUCUCCCCAUGUGUCGCCUCAUAUGGAACCUCGUUUGGAUUCUUUGGCAUUUGUACACGGAGCAUUCCAUUGGCUUGGUUUGUCAGAAUGUAUUGCUAUGUCAGAUAGUGGUUUUACUCUGGUGUCAUUUGGCGUUUCAAAUGAGGCGUACGGAGAGAUUCCCUUGCUAGAGCGAAUGUGCUAUGUAUCCAACUCCAUGAGUGACCGGCUUGUCAUUUCAGUAUUGGGAGGAAUGCUUUGCUUUCAUUCUACUCACAAUCCUCAUGGGGAGGGUACUUUUAUGUUAUGGGUCAUGAAAGAUUAUGGUGUCAAAGAAUCUUGGACUGAAUUGUUUACAAUACGAGAAACUAGUAUUUAUCCAGUCAGGCCGAUAUAUAGGUUUGGGAAUGGUGAAGUGCUACUGUGCUGCGGACUUCGGUUUCGUUAUGGUUCUGUAUUUAGGACAUCCAAAGGACCAUUUGGAUCAUGGCCUCAAGGUUAUGGUGAUGCCUAUCCCUCUCAGGAAGGAUUUGCGUAUAUAGAAAGCUUGAUCUUUCCUAAAUUACUUACUUAG